AUGAAGCUCAGCAUCGCCGCUUCCCUCCUCCCUCUCGUUGCCUCGGCGGUCGUCCUGCCACGGCAACAAUCCUGGGACGAAUACGACGCAACCACGGACAUACUGAUCGAAGAUGGCCUUUGCCGCAGCUACCGCACGCUGAACCCCCCGCCCGAGGCGGCCGGUCUCGUAAUGUGUGAGAUCUUUUGCGCGCCAGCCAGGGAGCUCGCGGGAGAGGAUGAAACCUUUAGCUGGACGUGCUUUGGCGAUACGGCCCCCAACCCCGUCACCGUCUACGACCCUGCGGGAGAGCCGUACACGUAUGGAGAGUGUAAAUGCAACCACCCGGCCAUCAACUUUGUUGGCGAGACUUUUGUCGAGCUUCUGCCUUACGUGGGCCGCGUCACGUGCGCCGUGUGGAAGUUGGCCAUCUCCGAAGCCGCCAUCAUUCUGGCCGGCACGCCUUUCACGGCCAGCACGGCCAGCAUGACCCUGUUCAAGGUGGCCAAGACCAUUGCGAGCACCGGCUCGGGCGCCUCGGGCUGGGAAGAGUGGAUUGCGAGGGUGUCCGCAGACGACCCUUGCGACUUCAGCCCCGGGCAGAUCUUCGAGGACUUUACCGGCAUCAGCGACGAGGACAUUUCAGCUGUCCUGUAG